GGCAAAAGCACAAACAGGGUAAAUCGCAACAAACCAGCUUGCGACGAUCGAGAUUUAAAUCACUUGAGUGGUGACUUUUGUGUCACUUUUUUUGCAGUGUUGACCAGCAAUUUAAGGCCACGAUAACAUAAUAACAAUAACACACACAACAACAGAAGAGGCGCCUUGGUUUUAGGCACAAGAAACGCAGCAUGCGCCCGAUAAGCGGAUGUUGUUGCAAAGAGAGAGUGUGUGUCCCCUCCUUUGCUUCUCAAGUUUUCUUUAUUUUCACCUCAACUAUUCCGCAUUUUACUUUGAAAUUUGUAUUCUUGUAUUUAUUUGUACUCUGCUCUUUUAUAACUGUAUUACUUUUACUCUUACUCUUUACAACACAUCCUUUUAUUCGCCAAUGUCCGCUGCGUUUGUCGCUCCACGGAGACAAAGCUCUUCUUCACAACGUUCGGACCAAUCGACAGCGACACAGCAGCAGCAGACGCGCCAGAACGGCAUGUCUGACCGGUGCUGGAUAUGCCUUGACGACCUUAACACAAACCAGCGCGAGUGGCUCUACCCGUGCAAGUGCUCGCUCAUUUGCCACGAAGAGUGCUUGUUACACUGGGUCUCCGAAAGCGAGAAACGCACACGAACAGGGACAGCCAAGUGUCCGCAAUGCAACACGCCAUACAAAGUCGUUCAGUGGAAGUCCACGACAUUCAACAUCUUGCGCACCAUAUACGACGUAAUCGACAAGUCGAUGCCAUUCUUUCUGGCGACUAUCGGCAGCAUGGCAGUGGUUGUCGCGUGCACGGCCUAUGGUGCAUACACGGUGAUGACGGUGUACGGGCCGACCGAGGGCAAGCUGAUCUUAAGCGGAUCAGGCAAAUGGGACCAUACGCGGUGGAUAUGGCUGCCGAUGAUUCCGAUGGCGCUCAUAUGGUCGCGGUUCCAAGCAAGCGCCGCCUACAUGCCCUUGUCCACACUGCUGAUGACCGCUCCGCAGCCCUUGCGGCUGCAGUGGCCGAUGCCACCGUCGCUCACACUGACUGCCCUGCCGACCAUAGGUGCGCUUUACCGGUAUCUCUGGGACAUAACCCUGGGCCGCCUGGAGCGCCGAUGGGAGGGACAGACGUCGUCCGACCAGCAAUUGCUGACGAUCCGGAGAUUCGGGCUUCGCCACGGAGUCGACGCAAACCCAAACAACGUCAACUUCAACCAGCUUGCGGCCGAGCAUGCGGCCGAACAACAGCAGAUACAACAGCAGCAGCAAGGGGUACGUCAGCCCAGGGCCGGGCGCAACUUUGAGGCCACUAUUGUUCUCAACAGUGCAUCGCUCGGUCGCACGCUGGUCGAGUCUCUGUUGCUGCCGUUGAUUUCGUCGGCUUGCGGAGCACUCAUAAACAAGCUACCCUUUAUGAUUCGCCCGAUCGGGCUGAGCCACUUUAGCAAGGUCAUGCUUGGCGGCUGCGCUUAUUUCCUAGUUAAAGAUCUUGUCCGCAUGCUGUACAAGUACCUGCUGUACCGGUCGCGCUCCAGCAGAUACAUCCAAGGCCGCAAACGCCCUUAGAAGAAUGCGUGCGCACACGCAGCGUGUGUUUGGCCGGGUUUAAUUUUUUAUUUACAUUUUGUUGGUUUUUUGUUCAAAUGAAA